GAGUGACUAAAUCGGUAAACUGUGUUGUGCCUUAUCCAGCAGCAGGUGAAUAGUUUCAGUGAGCAUACCAGCAAACCCCGUACCGUAACAGGACGAUGACGGUUUCAAUCUACGACGAUGAGCUGCUGGUGCAGCCCGGUGACCGAUCGGACCAACCGACACCGAUGACGACCGGCAAGAUAGAGGAGCAGCUCACCGCCAUUCAGCAGUUUUACGACAAAUGUAACGUCUUCAUUACGGGCGGAACCGGAUUUCUGGGCAAGACACUCAUCUACAAACUGUUGACCAGCUGCCCGGGCAUCGAAAACAUCUUUCUGCUGGUGCGAAGCAAGCGCGGCAAAGACAUUUUCUCUCGCGUGGAAGAAAUCUUCGACGAUGCUAUGUUUGACAAAAUGAAGCAAGCCUGUCCGAAGUACGAUCACAAAAUUCGCGCCGUCGCGGGCGACUGCAUGCAGCCGGGCCUGGGCAUCAGUUCGUCCGAUCGCGAAGUGUUGACAGAAAAUGUCAACAUUGUGUUUCAUCUAGCCGCCACAGUGCGAUUCGAUGAGAAGAUGAAGACGGCCAUGCAGAUCAACGUGAAGGCGUGCCGGGAUGUGCUGGAUCUGUGCCACGACAUGAAGCAUCUGAAGUCGGUGAUCUACGUGUCGACCGCAUACACACAGUGCCCCCAGAAUGUGGUCGACGAGCGAUUCUACGAUCCACCGAUCGAGUCCGAAAAGAUGAUCCACCUGGCCGACUGUGUGACGGACGGCAUGAUUGAAAAGAUUACCCCGGUACUGCUGGACAAAUGGCCAAAUACAUACACCUUCACGAAGGCCAUCGCUGAGGACGUGGUACGCAAAAAUAGUCGCGGAAUGCCUGUUGGAAUGUUUCGACCAGGAAUUGUCAUUGCAACGUACCAGGAACCGGUACCAGGAUGGAUCGAUAACUUCUACGGACCUACCGGUGUGAUUGCCGGUGCUGGAACUGGCGUGCUGCGUACGCUCCGGGCCGAUCCAACAAAGGUGGCCAACAUGGUUCCGGUUGAUCUCUGCGUGAACGGUAUCAUCUCUUCCGCCUGGGACAUUGCAGAACGAUUCCGAACCGAGAUUUUGCCCGAUCCGGAAAUCCCGAUCUACAACUUUUGCACCGAACCGAACAAUUGCAUUACGUGGGGUGAUUUUACGCAUACCACCAUCAAGUUCGGCUCGAUGUAUCCCACCAUGAAGGCAAUCUGGUACCUGUGCUACGCCAGCAAUCCCAACAUUGUGCUGCACUAUCUGUCCAUCAUCUUCCUGCACUAUGCGCCCGCCGUCGUCUGUGACAUCAUUGCGGUGCUGAUUGGCAGAAAACCGAGACUUCUUCGAAGCUACAAGAAGAUCCACCGCUUUAUGGACGUGAUUGAGUACUUCUCCAUGCGCGAGUGGGAAUUUAAGAUGGACAAUAUGAACGCACUGUGGCGUAAGCUGUCCAGUGCGGACCAGAAGCUGUUCUUCUUCGAUAUGCGCCAAAUCAACUGGGAUUACUUCCUGGAGCAGUACUUCUGCGGCAUCCGGCGGUAUCUGCUGAACGACCCAAUGGAAACCGUCCCACAGGCUGUGGUCCGCUGGAAUCGCCUCUACUGGGUGCAUCAGGCCACCAAAGUGAUCGUGCUGCUGCUGCUGUACAAGCUCACCAUGUCCGUUUGGGGUAUGCUGAGCUAAGCGCUCGGAGCCCAACCGCCCACCAACAAUUCUGGUACAAUCGCUCAAUCGUUUCUGUUUAGCUGACUUUACUUUGCCUGCAUAGAAUGUAAGGUAACGGGAAGGAAGGAACAGCAGACAUUAGUUAUGCUGCGAUUACGUAGCUGCUGCACACGAUCGAAUCGUAUGCAGCCGGUUUCGGUUUCUGCUUGCGGGCACCAUCGCACGUCCAUCUCUGCGUGCAGCAUUGUUGUUUUAUUUUCGGACUAAAUCUAAUUGUACACAGUUAGUAUCGGGUUUGCUUUCGGGCGCGUAGAACGAGAGCGGUGGUACGAUUCAAUGGACGUACUGAUUGUAAGCAGUACGCUAGAAAGUAAGACAUAGUGAACCCCCUUAUGGGAGCUAGUAGUUAGGUGGCACGUCACUAGAGAGCUUGCACGUCUCGCGGUUUCGGUGCAAGACCCAUUCCAUUCCAAAUAAAUCAUCGAUAAACAUGUACGGCCCGCGAUCGUGCUUAAUUUGUUUCGCCUUGGGGUUGCUACAAGUAAUGCUUCGGUAUUAAACGUUAUCAUUUACCAUACGAAAGGGUGUAAGAUAAUCAUUAUAUAUAGACCACACAUCAACUUCCACAUUUUGCUAAGGGUUGCAGUACAUAACUGAUUGGAGAUUACCAUUAACAAUUAAACAAAAAAAAUAGGAUGAAACGCGUAACGCAAUCGAUAAAAUCCGACCAAUGAACGGUUUCAACUUCACCGAAGGUUUUGACAACUCGUACCGUUCAUAGUUAAGCAUUUAUGUACAAUUGUGGAAGGCGAAAGUGACAUUUUGAAUAAUCAAAUAAAGU